AUCGCGAUGUCUUGAAAGUAGAGCAAAGCAGAAAAUGGAUCGUUGUGCUAACAAGCUAACAGGACAUUUCCAGUGUUAGUUGGAUAGUAAUCCACUUUUGUCGGAGGUAUGCGUUCAGAUUUCCUCGUGGCGGCCACGCAAAACAACACACAGCCGUUAAAGCCUUGAUUCAUUCCAAUGGAUGUCAGUGCGAAACCAAAGGAGUAUAAUGCAGGCUCAGAGGAGCAGCAGAGCCAGUCAGACGCUUCAGAUGAUAAACCGGGAUUGUCCCAGCUUAGAAAGUCUUGGGGUUUCAGGCGAUCAACUUUAGCUCGCCGUGAGUUCAUGGAAGAAGUUGGAGACUUGACCAACAGCCCUCCACCUCUACGGAAAGUCAGAGGCCGUCGUCCAACACGGACAACGCUAGCCUCGAAAGACAGCAUUGCUGCCCAAUCUCCUCAAGAAUCUCGGACUGCUGUAGAAGAUCUCGAGUGGUCCGCCUCUUCCUCACCGGUACCUGACGAGACAAAACCAGCUUUAGCCUCUGCGGGCGGGUGUCUUGACCCGAGCAUGUGGCAGGAUGUUGGGUCUGCUUUUCACACAGCUUUCAGUCUUCUUGGUGGGGAUGACGAUUUGUCUAUGGAAAUGUCUCAAACUUUGCCAGACCCCGAUAUUUUGGGAGUUGGCACUGCUACAGAGGUCCCGCCCGCACAGACUGCAGAUGACACAGUGGUGUCUGAACUCAAGGGAUCUGCAGACAAUGUUGGAACUUUGCAGCCCGUUGUUUCAGAUGAAGUGGCACAAGAGGAUGUCGAGAGUGUAAUUUUAAUCUCAAGUCAGGAAGAGGAUAGCGAUGACAUGCCUUUAAUACAAAUCAAGGAGCAGUUGGACCAUAAAGCCAGGCAGGGAGGCAGCACCAAGGGAGGCGGAAGAGGAAAGGCCAGAGGAAGAGGGAGAGGGCGAGGAAAGGGUAAAGGCAGAGGAAGGGGCAGAGGGAGGUCGAAGGCAUCGGAGGUUGUGGCAAUCAUGGCAAAUGACGAAGACGAUGAUGAUGUGAUUCUUAUUCAUCCAUCAGAGACAGUCUCCGUUACAACUCCGAGUCCUGCUCAACAAACAAGCUCAGACUUUAUUAUCGUUGGCACAGAUGUAGAUCAGAAUAGUGACACAACUCUUGGCCAGUACAAUGAUGCACCAGAUGAGGAGGAGGGGAAGCAAGGAGACAGUGUCAUUAAAAAUGUUACGGAACAUUCAAGCUUAUCGGACUCCAAGGAUUAUGACCCAAAUGCCCUGUACUGCAUCUGUCGGCAAAAACACAACAAAAGGUUCAUGAUCUCCUGUAACGGUUGCCAGGAGUAUUUCCAUGGCGACUGUGUUGGUGUCAGUGAGUCAGAAGGCUGUCAAGAGUACAUAUGUUCACUUUGCACGACAAAGCAGCUGAGCCAACUCCAGCCCGAGUGUCACUCCCAUCCCGAAAUUUCUCCCGAGAGCUUGUCACUCAGUCCUUCUGGUGAAGAACCAGAGGGGAAAAAGGAGUGGCACUCCGUGAAGAAGACUGUAGACUUGGAGGUGAAUCACAUAGCGGAGGUUCCUGCAAUAAGGCCUGUGGCUGGAACCGAACCUGAAAGGGCGAUGGAGACAGGUUGUUCUCGUCCAUUGUGUAUUGGCCCAGGAUGCUCCAAACCAGCAUUGCAGGAAUCUGUUUAUUGUGGCACUGUUUGCAUUGUGCAGCAUGCUGCUCUCACUAUGAAGUCUCUCUCUGACACAAAGGUGUCCAAUCCUAGAGGUCAAGUGCAGAAAAAAGCCACAGCUGUAAUGCCUACUGCAAAGGGUCAAAGCUCUAGUAGGGUGUCUGCGAGGUUAGCAGCAAAAGCUGAAGAAUGUGCCAAAGAAGACGAGCUGAUGGAAACCCAUGGAGCACAGACAGAGGCUACAUCUUCCCUAGCCUGUGACCCCACUCUCACAGGAGUUCAGGCCACUCGGCAACCAUCACCUAAGUUUUACACAGCGUCUUCAAAGGAAUGUAAACUAAAAGCGACUGAAACUCCCCAAAAAUCAAAUUCAGAGGAGCCCUCCAUAGAUACGUGUCCUUCACCUCACCCUGUGUCAGAACAAGUUGUACCACAGAAGAGUAACCCUAAUGUCAGCACAAUGGAGUCCACAAAAAGUGACACAUCGGUUGAAACAACUGAAGAAUCAGGUGCCUCCGCAUCUCCUAUAAGAAAGAAAUCCGGUUCGUGUACGGCCUCACAUUCUCCAACCACAUUAGGAUCUGAACACAAUGAAACUGGGACUGUUUUGAACUCUUUGGCAACAUACAUAAUACCAAAGAAGCAAUCUGGACUUGAGACCUCAUCAAGCCAUGUGGGAGCCUCAUGCCAUAAGCCUUUAGUUCCAACCCUGCUGAACGAGACCCGAAAUCUGCCUGUGCCCCCUGCACCAAGCGCACCCUCCUCCAGACCUGCUCAGCCAAAUCACCAGGUCAGACAGAGCAUCCAGCGAUCCCUAACAAGCAUCUUGUCCAAAAGGGUUUCUGAGUGUGAGGAAUUGACCAUGUCUGACAGUGGUGCUGCAAAACUUGUUGCAAGCAUUGAGACGGAGAUGUUUGACAUAUUUCGCAAUACAGACAGCAAAUACAUGAAUAAGUACAGAACAAUUAUGUUCAAUUUGAAAGAUCCAAAAAACAAGGGCUUGUUGUAUCGAGUUGUAGAAGGAGACAUCAGUCCUUUCAGACUGGUCAGGAUGAGCCAGAAGGACAUGCAGGCUACCAAGGUGCCAGACAACAGUGUCAAGAACACAUCACAGAUUAAAGAUGGAGCCGACAAAACGCCCAGUUUAAUGCAGCAGCCUGAAGCUGUGAAGGUUGAUCUUUCCUGUUUGAAUGUCACUAAACCUGAAGCUGUGAAGGUUGAUCUUCCCUCAUUAAACGUCACCAAACCUGAUAGAAGACCAGUGGGCAAUAAGAGAAGUCUGCAGACGCCCAUUCUUAAGAGCAAAAUAAAUGAGCCAAGCAAGGGGAGCGCAUUGCCAGAUGCUCUUACCUGUAUGCUUAAAGACACCACCUCAGAACACAAGGCCCACCUGUUUGACCUAAAAUGCAAGAUAUGCACAGGACAAAUAGGGGAAAAUGAACCUCCAAACAAAAAAAGUAAGGUGUCCGAAUCAAGCGUCAAACAUUUUUCACGGUGGAGAAAGUCUGCAGGAGAUGACUCACCUCUACGAGCACCACCCGACUCGCCUGACUCACCCGAUUUUUCGUCACCUUCCAUAUUCGACCCUUCUUCCCGUCUUGUUAUUGACACCAGUGACUUUGCUGUUGAAUCUCCCGCAUCUCCCGUUAUGGAUUCGCCAGCCUCUCCUACUUUAGAGUCACCUGCUUCCCCCGUCAUGGAGUCCCCCGCAUCCCCAGUUUCUGACGCUUCAACAACCACAACAUCGAAAAGAACAUAUACACCUGUUGUAAUUCCAGCCGUCUCCACAGUCACUAUUACAAGGCGUGACCCCCGUACUGCAGCCAGUAGGAGCUCUGCUUCAUCAUUUUGUACCUCUGGUCCCACACAUACAUUGAAGAACCAAUCAGCACCUUAUGCUCCUCGUACCGAGGAUAGCUCUCAUUCAUCAUCUGUACCGAAAUUGCCAGUGCCACCACCAAAAUUAUUACCAAAGCCUAUCCUAAUGAAGCCGUCCUCUUCAGCUGAUCCCCGACUCUAUGGCGCAUCCUCAAGAAAUGUGAUCUCCGAAUCUCCAGCCACUGGUGAAACUUCACAGUUCCUGGCCAAGCAAGAAGUGCUGUGGAAAGGAUUCCUCAACAUGAUGACUGUAUCAAAGUUUGCUACAAAAGUCUAUUUGGUUUCAGGAUCUGCAGAAACUCUGAAAUUGGAACUACCCGAUACCAUUGAAAUUGGUGGACGAAUCAUGCCUCAAACAGUGUGGGACUAUGUUGCCAAGCUCAAGACCAACAUUACAAAGGAGUUAAGCGUGAUUCGCUUUCAUCCUGCUACUGAAGAAGAAGAGGUGGCAUACGUCUCACUCUUUUCAUACUUCAGCAGCAGAGGACGUUUUGGAGUCGUUUCCAACAACAGCCGUUCCAUCAAGGAUGUCUACCUUCUACCACUCAGUGCAAAGGAAUCCAUUCCAUCCAUCCUGCAACCUCUGGAAGGACCAGGACUUGAAAAGAACAGGCCCAAUCUUCUUCUUGGUUUGGCAAUUGUCCAAAAAACAAAACGUUGCGGAAGUGUUCCUCAGGAAAUAGAAGAAAAGAAGUCAAAAGUUCUCCUUAAAGACCCUAUGUGGAUCCCAAAACCUCCAGUGCUUUAUGGUUCUGACAAAUUGGAGGUUUUCCAACCCUAUGACCCCGAGACCCCUGCAAGCACAACCCCUCCUGAUUCACCUCCUUGUCCGGGGUCACCGUCAGAUUCCUCUUCUAAUGCAGAAACUCUACCAUCAAAUCUGACCUCUUUUCAAUCAAGCCCCACUGUUUCUACCUCAACUCUUACUGCAUCCACCCAAUCCACAUCCAGUAGCGUCUCUGACAGAAAUAUGCAAGACCCUAGUGUAACACCACUAUCAACUAUCUUGAGUGCAUUGUUUCGAAAUAAGCAAACUACCGUCAUGGUCUCAAAUGAGGAAUGUUGUACUACUAACGUGACAACAGUAAGUGCUAAAGUAUCUGUGCUUUCUCAUGUGUCCGGCUCAAUGAUGGAUCCAAUUGUUCAACAGUAUGGACAGAAAUCUAAAGCCAAAGACAUAGAAGAGGAAUACACAUUUGAUCGUCCCUAUGACCCAGAGGAGGAGUAUGAUCCAGCAAUAGGAUAUGGAACCGUUUCUUCACAGAGCAAAGGAAACAGUCAUUCGGAAAACCCUCCGUUAUCAGGUGUUGUAGAUGAUGAUGUGGCCUAUGAUCCAGAGGAUGAGACUAUUUUUCAAGAUGUGCAUUGUGAUGCAAAGAAGCCGAAUCAAACAAAAAUUUCAAACUGUCCAGCGCCAUCGUUUCCAGUUUCCACACCGGUUGAAACACCAUCUUUGGACAAAACUCCACCUCAAACCUCCACUUCAGUUGCGCAGAACCUUCCCUCGGGUACUGUGGUGGUCUCAGCUGCUACACUGACUGAGCAGCAGAGAAUGCUUGAGGAACUUAAUAAGCAGAUUGAAGAGCAAAAACGGCAGUUAAAGGAACAGGAGGAAGCACUUCGUCAACAAAGAGAGGCCGUGGGUAUAUUCAUGGCACAGUUUUCUGUUAACGAUUCCUCGAAGUCUCUGCCUCUCAGUCAAGUCUCAACCCUUCCAAGUGGUAGAAUUCAGUCAGAGCCAAGACCUUCAGAAUCAAAAGAUUCAAAGCCAGAAGAGACCAACAGUCUAACAGAGGCCGUUGAUGGGCCCGACAGCGAGGCACAAAAAGGCACAAAUACCAUUCCUUGUUUAAAUACCACUUCAAUUACAGGACAAACUGAGGUAUCUAGCAUUAGAAAUGAAAAUGAAAAAUCUUCAUCUGCUGGUGAGAUUGAGGAUUCUGAUGUCCCUUAUGAUCCAGAGGAUGACCUUUUCAAUGAAAUACAAGAGGAUGUAUUUCAAGGAGACACUACAACGAAUCAGGAUUCCUCUUUACCUAGAAACUAUAAAUCCCCAAUUUCAUACCACAGCAGAAGGCAUAGGUCAUCACCGAAGAAGCGAAGUCAUCGUGAAAGAGGCCGCUGCAGAAGUCCUUCAAGGAGAUCCCACCAGCGUUCUGCUUCACAUUCCAGGAAACACAGAGAAAAGGAUAGACACAGAAAAAGUGAAAGAGACAGGUCAAAGCAUAGAACUAGAGACCACUCUGAACGCCAUGCACGUCACCGUAAAUCACAUAGUACACGGCGGCAUUCCCAUGAUCGUAGGAGGUCACCAUCCUCUCUGACAGAAAACGAUUUGAUGCCACAAGACCUAAUAGAAUUCAGGGCAUCCCCUAACAUCACUGAGAAACAAUCGCCUGUUCCUUUUAAAUGUCAGCUGAACCCAGAUGUUGUGCAAUUCGAACACAGUGACACAUUACAUACCCCGCUUUCUGUGAAAAAUACCAGUGAAGAGUGCAAUAUAAAACCCGAUAGCUCUGACAAAGACUUUACACAAGAAAAUGUGUCCAGUUUAAAACUUGAAACGUCACAUCAACUAGAAUCCAAUGAACCUUUAAACACCAAUGACAGUGAUAUGGUUAACUCAGUUGCUCGUCCAUCACAGAUGAAUAAAGAGCUGGGAGCAAGUGCAGCUACAUCUGAAAGUUCAAUUCCUCUAAGAGUGCUUGACCCUCCCAUUCGAGAUUCCCCUGAGAGCCCUGAUCCUGAUCCACAGUUUGUUGAUCCAAGUGGUGUAGAAAAUAAUCCCUCUGCUACAUCCCAUGAAAUCAAAGAUUGCCAGACACAACUCAGUAACCUCACAUCAGCUGUGGAGGUCGAAAAUGAUUUCCAACAUUCUGUGAGCCAAGCAACUUUGUUGAACAUACCAUCGGACUUUGAAGGUACAUCAAAUGUUGCCAAUCUUAUUUUUAGAGCACUUAAUAUACAGCGUUCAGAUUCAGGAGAGGGAAAUACAACAGAUAUGGAGAGUGAGAGGAAACACUUACAUCAAAAGCAUUCACAAAUACUCAGUCAAGGGGGUGGACCUUUAAAUCCAGCCGUGGAAACAAAUACAAGUUUAGUACCUGAAAUGAGCCAUGUUCUAAAAUGUUCAAGACCGGGUAGUGAUCUAAAGCAAGAUACUGAUGUUCCUCGUCUGAAGGUAGAUGAGAAUAUCUCCCAGUCUGAACAACUGGCAAGCAAUCCAGGUGUAAUGGUGAUUGGGGGUUCACAAAACCAAGGCAGUACUUCAGAAUUGAAAAUAAAAGAUAGUGACCCCAGUAUCAAAAGUAAAAUUGCCCCUCAGGUGAAAGAUGUUCAGGAUCAUGGAAGAGAUGUUGACUUAAAUAUAAGACAAUGUGACGUAGAAAGUAAUUUGAAGUCGAAUGUCUCCACAUAUUCUGAUGAUAGAUACCUGCGUACAGCAUCGUCAGAUGAAAAGCAUAAACUUGAAAAAUGCUUAAAAGGAGAAGCAGCAUCCACACGGAGAUCAGGACCAACUGUAAAUUAUGGAUGUUUUCAGUCCAGCAUUUCCUAUACCGGAAAAGACAAUGUUGGAACUGCACACCAUUUCAAGAAGGCACAUUAUGACAUUAAGUUUGAAAGUAGUGUGCAUAGCCUUGACAUGACAGUAUCAGAAAACCUACAUGAUCGUAAAACGCAUGAUGUCAUAGAAAUUUCUUCUUUUGGGCCUGGUCAAGCUGUGGCUGGGAUGGGUGGUCAAGGUUUUAGACAUAGAGUUGACGCACAUGUUCCAGACAGAGGCAGUGGAGAAACACUUACAGAAAGCAACUAUGCAAACAUUCAAGGAAAAAACGAGCAUGACCAGUGUCCUGAGAGGUCAAAUGAUAAUAAUGGUCCGCAAGACCAAUGUGUUAUUUCUAAUAUUAUAAAAGCAGAUUUGAUAACAACAAAAAUAAGUACAGGAGUUCACAGCAGUCAAAAUAUGGAACUGUUUGAGUGUAAGACAUAUGUUGAUUGGAAUUGUCCCGGAUCAGUUGGAGAUUCAGUAAGAAUUGGGCAACAUAGACAAGAUGAAGGGAAAAUGCAUCAGCCUCUUUGGAGAGGUACAACUAUGGAAAGCUAUGGGCCUGAAAAAAGAGUUACUCGUGGCAUUGACCCUUGUAAACCACAGGUUGAAAUGGGAGGGCCAAAUGUAGGGCCGACAAAGCAUGAUAGGAGAGGACCAGGUGUUUCAGAUGUCACUGGACAAAGGGAGGAGAACUUGUAUCCUGAUCUAAAACUCCCAAUACAUGACAGGAGAGGACCAAGUGGUCUAGAUUUCACCGGCCCAGGGGCUGAUGUUAGAGGACCCAAUAUGCAUAUCUGGAAUGGACGCGAGACUGACGCAAGAAUUCCUGUGCAUGAUAGGAGAGGACCAGGUGUUCGUGAUUUCAGAACACAGGAACUUAAUUUUGGAAAUCCAGCUCAAGUUGAUGGAGCUCUUGGUAUGAAACCUUUAGGUCCUGAUUUAAGAGAACCAAGAUCUGAAAAGAAACAUUUAGCUAUUUUAGGAUAUGAUGUGAGAGGACCAAGUGUCCCAGACCAUUUAGGAUCAUAUUUUGAAAGAGGUCUGACUAGGGAGGGACCUGGAAGGGGACAUGGGCCUGACGGAAAUGAACCUGCUAUGGAAUGUCCGAGGAUCAAUGCAAAAGGUUUUGCAGGCCCACUUUUCAGAGGGGCAGGUAAUGAAAGGAGAGAAUUAUCAAUCAGCUGUCCUGAGGUUGACAGAAACAGAUCAGAAUGUCCUGAUUUUAGUGGAAGCGAACCUGGCAGAGGAGAAAUAAGAUUACCAGUUUUUACUGGACCACGUCUCGAGAGAAAAAGAGGCAGUGAUCGGAGAGAGCAUGUGUUUAAAAGGAGCUCAAUAAAGGGUCAAGUGCCGUCUGCUGCUUGGGGAGACCAACACACUGAUGAGUUAGAUCUUGAUAGGCUCAGACCUCGUGGACCAGCUUGGGACCCUCAGUCAGAAAGAGGAAAUAGAAGUAUGGAGGUAGCCUUGCCUGACUGGAGAGGGCCAGAUGUUAGGAGACCGGGACCUGAAAGGAAUCACCCAAGGCCCGAUAACAGAAGACAUCAAGCAUUUAUGGAACAUAGAAUGGUAGAAACAAGAAUUCCAAACAGGCCAGAGGAUCAACAUUUGGGUCCAAACACAGAGUGCCCAGGGCAUGAGAGGAGACAUCCAGAUAGGCAGGAACCGAGGUACAGCAGUGUGUUUCCUGAGAGUAGAGACACGGAUCAUCCUUUUGGGGGACCUGGCCCAGAUGAAAUACUCCCACAUCAAAUUAGAAAUCCAAACCUUGAGGGCUUAGGGCCUGACAGACGACAACCAGAAGACCGUGAUUUCCGAAAUAUGACUUUUGAGAGAGAUCCAGUAGGUCUUAAUUGGAGAGAAAAUGGGCCAUCAUUCAUGGGAACAGGAAACAGACAAACCAACAGAUCAGGUCGAGACAGUGCAGAAGAUCAAAGGCAUAGAAGAAAAUGUGACUUUGAAAAUAGUCAUCAAGCCGAAUGGAAAGCAACAGAUUGCAGGUACCCAUCACCAGAUCGUAGCGACAUAGAUGCUGAGAAACACUGGUCAGAUCCACAUGAAAUAGAAUUUAGAAAUGAUUGGAACCGUCAAGAUAAUAGGUUUCCUCGGCCGAUUCCAGAGGAUAUUGAUGCGCAAGUUUUUGAAUAUAAUAUAGGGGGGCCUUUUAGUGCACAAAGGGGCCUUGGAGUAAGGGAGCAGGGCCACAUACCCGAUCGGACACCAAUGCUUUCUGGGCCUUGGAGAGUUCCUGAGGAUGAUUGGAAUGGUCCUGACUGGAGAGAUCCACGGCCUUUCCAUGAUAAUGCUGAUACGGUGUUUUCAAUGCCCGAUAGAGUAGGGCCUGUAAAUGACUGUAGAGAGACUGAUAGAGGAGAUGCUGAUCCAAGAUGGGGAUCAGAAACCAUGGGCUACAGACAACAAGGCCACGGCAGGGAACUUCCAGCCACUGGAGUACUUGGGUCCGAUAGUAUGGGCUUUCAAGAGGCUGAGAGGCAAUUACGAAGAACAAGAGGUCAAAGUAUGGAACGGCCAAGGCCUACACACGGGGUUCACGAUAAAAAUAAUUCAUUCCAAAACCGAAGAGAAGAGAAGAUGCAGGUCAGCCCUGAGCAAAGAGGAAUAAGAGAUAAAGAUGUUCGAUACGGUGAAAAUCUAUAUGUUGAAAGGCCAGCGAAUGAUGCUAGAAAUUUACACCCGAGAGCAAUAGAAAGAGAAAGGGAAGGUUUAGACGUUAAAGGCCCUACACGAGGUGGCCAAGAAUAUGAAACCGUUUUUAGGAGGCAAGACUCUGACAUUAGAAGGUUAUUUCAUGACAAAAUUGAUAUGAGGGGGGCACCUGACCACCCAAGAUUGGGACAUGAGCCUAGUUUGUGGGAUACAGACACUGAAGUCCCCGUGUGGAAUCGAAGAGGUGAGGAGAAGAUGGGCCCUAUUUCAGACUCAAGGGAACCUGAUCCUGCCACGAAGGAUGGCAUGAAAAUUUCUGACAUCAGGGACUCAAGACAAUAUAAUAGACGAAGUUUACACAUGCGAGGUAGGAGCCUAAGACAGAAGUAUCAAGCAGGCCGUGGUCCUCACAGGGUUAAUCGGGGUAGUUUCGAAAAUCCACAAAGUCAGCAAGAAAUAAAAAUUCCAAAACCUCGGACUGCCUUGCUGCCCACUCCAACUGAAGGCCGCAUAUUCUUAGCAAAUCAUAGAAUGAGCAAUCCUAACAUGCUUACCAAAACAAAACCAAAUAGGCCACCACGUUAACAGGCCGUGGAGUAGAGGUCGAUCAUUUGGUCAAGAAAGACAAAAAACAUGAGGCGAAAAAAGGUCCCACAGACAAUGGGGAGAUAUGUAUACCAAAUAACGACAAAUAGGCAGCCUGCGAUUCACGUCCCAAAACUCAAGCACAAUCAUAGUAUUGGUUAAUGAAAAUACACAUUAGAAAUCAUUUGUAAUGCUGUCACUCAUAACAAUAUAUUAUUUGGAAGAGUUCAUGCCUUAAUGAACAUUUAAAAUGACCUAAGUGCAAAAUCAAUAGGAUGACAACAAAGUGAAAUCUCACCAUGUACUUCUGUCAACAAUGGUUGUCUUGCUUGUCUCGGUCAUGAAAUUCUACACGAUAUAAGCCCAUGUAGGGUUCUCUUUAUUUGGGACUAAGUGUGUCUAACCCUAAGCAAUUGUGAAGUCAGGUGAUGGAGCAUUUUCAUGAAGAUUAACAAAUGUUUGUACAUAAACAUGUAUAUGUUUAGGUUAUAGUUUAGUUCAAAGUGUAUAUGUUGCUUCAGUUUAUGAGCCUUUUACAACAACGAAAAACAAUAAAAAGGCUUAGCUUUUCAAUUU